GUUCCCUCAGUGCCCAGCAAGGUCCCUCUGUCCCCCGAGGUCUUGCUAAAUCCCCUCCCCAUCCCCAUAGCACCUGGCUGCAUCACCUCAGUGCCUGGUGAGGUCCCUCCAUCCCCUCUGAUCCCACUAAUUUCCCCCUAUCCCCUCAGCACCCAGUGGGGUCCCGUUAUCAUCUCAGGUCCUGCUAAAUCCUCCCAUCCCCUCAGCACCUGGCGGGAUCCCUUCAGCGCCUGGUGAGGUCACCUCAUCCCCUCACGGCCUGGCUGGCUCCCCUCAUCUCUUCAGGGCCCCACUAAAUCUCCUUCCAUUUCCUCAGCACCUGGCUAGAUCCCUCCAUCCCUUCAGGAUUCCACUAAAUCCCCCUUGUCCCCUCAGUGCCCAGCUGUGUUCACCCCAUCAGGUCCUGCUAAAUUCUCUCACUCCCUCAGGGCCUGGCUGGAUACCCCCCAUCUCCCCAGAUACCACUAAAUCCUCACACCCCAUCACCUCAGGGUCCCGCCAAAUCCUCCAAUCCCCUCAGGGCCUGACUGGGUCCCCCCAUUCCCUCAGGGUCCCGCCAAAUCCCUCCCCCCCCUACAUCCCCUCAGGGUCCCGCCAAAUCCUCCCAUCCCCUCAGGUUCUGACUGGGUCCCUCCAUUCCCUCAGGGUUCCGCCAAAUCCCCCUGUCCCCUCAGAGCCUGGUUGGGUUCCCCCAUCCCCUCAGAUCCUGCUAAAUCCCCCUGUCCCCUCAACGCCUGGUGGAGUCCCUCCAUCCCCUCAGGGUCCCACUAAAUCCCUCUUCCCACUUCAUGCCCCAGGACCCUUCUCCCACUGGGAGGACAAGAGCCCGGGAGGUGGCAGCAGGGCUGGCCUGUGGGCAUUGCCCCAGACAUCAUGUUCUACCUGCAUUUGCUCAUCAACAAGCGUGGGCCAUUGGCCAAAAUAUGGCUUGCUGCCCACUGGGAGAGGAAGCUUACCAAAGCUCACGUAUUUGAGUGCAAUUUAGAGACUACAGUUGAAAAGAUCAUCUCACCAAAGUUUACAAUAGCUCUGCGAACCUCUGGGCACUUACUCCUAGGAGUGGUGCGGAUUUACCACAGGAAAGUAAAGUACCUCUUGGCAGACUGUGGUGAAGCUUUGACAAAAAUGAAGACAGCCUUUCGCCCAGGACUUGUUGACCUUCCAGAAGAGAACUUUGAGGCUGAUUAUCUGUCCAUUACAUUACCUGAAGAAUUUCAUGAUUUUGAAAUGCCACUACUUGAUUUAAAUUCCAUUGAUGUUGCUGAACAUUUUACCUUGAAUCAGAGCAGAGCUGAAGACAUCACACUUACAGAGGAUUACGAAAGCAAUAUACUUCUCUGUGAUAGAAACUUUGAUGAAGAACCAGAUGCACUAAGAAAACAGAGCUUCUUUGACAGCAGCAUCUUAAUGAGCAGUAGGAGUCCUGUGGCUGAUCACAACUCUGCGAGUGUAAAUGGAGACAAGUCUGCGCUGCGUGAAGAUGCUUACUGUUUUGAGCAUGACUGUUUUGGAGAUGAGGAGAAUGCUGUAGAUAUGAUUGAAAUCCUGUUGAGGGAUGAGCAAAAUGGUCUGGAUAAAGACAUUCUUGAUAUGAAGGAAGAACAUCCUUUGUCACAAGAUCUGCCAGAGAACAGCAUAGCCAUUGAGUCCAGCUGCACAGACACCACCAUUAAGGAAGUAAGUCAUCUAAUGAAUGAAACAAUGCCUUCAUUGAUGGAACACGAUGGAUUUGUGCUUGAGCCAGUUGAUGAUACAGCUAUGACCCAGAGGAAAAAAAAUAAAAGAAAGAGGAAGUUGCUUGUGGAUGUAGGGAAGGAACUCAGCUGUAACACUAUAUACAACCAACUUAACAACUGCACGGACAUUCUUACUACAUUAGACCUUGCACCCCCAACAAAAAAAACAAUGAUGUGGAAGAAAUCAGGAGGUGUGGAUAAAAUCCUGUUCCAUGCUACACAGCCUGUGGUUCAUGCUGAUCUGCAAAUGUUGUUUGCAAAAUGCUUCAAGAGUCGCAGAUUUAACAUGAGAAGAAAAGGAAUACAGAGGGAGUCUGAAAUGGAAGAAACAAGAAAAGAGCAAGAUACCACAGAGAUGCUGAUAGUAGAAGAGCCAAGUUACCUGCAGGAAUCAGCUCAUUCAGAGACUGAGAGAAAAACUAGAAAUGAUUUGUUUAUGUUGACAUCACAGAAUAACAGAAAAGAAACUCAUGAUAACUGUGGUGAAAUGAUACAGGAUAGACUGACUUUCUCUGAGAGCUCCUCACUGGUGAGCAAUUGCCCGGGCCAAGAAGCUGAAACACAGCCAGCUGAGUUAGCAAAUGAACUAACAAGGAACAGGAAAGACAGUGAAGAACUAAGGUGGAGCAAAAGAACUCUUCAGUUAUUAAGAACUUUACAGCACCUGAAGAGAUCAGGCAUGUGUUCGUUCAGUUUUCGGGAGCUCUGUUGGAAAAACAACCGAAAGAUCGCAGCCCAGUUUUACAUCUUCCUUGUCCUGAAGAAGCAGUCAGUUAUUGCGCUUCAUCAGAGCGCUCCCUUUGCUGACAUUACAGCCACCACUGGCCCAAUGUUUGACACUUGCUGAAAUCAUGCAAUAUUUGGAUAAGCUAACAAAAAAAAUCUUAAUUCUAAUUUUUCCAGCAAAUAGAUUUCCUGGGGAAAAAAAAGAUGAUUUAAUGUCUUGGCAAGCUGUGGUAACUGAGCGGAGCUGCCUUUAUGUUAUACCACCUCUCCGAACUGCCAGGUCCCAGCUUGUGCAGGUGUGCUGCCUCAGUGCUGGCCACCACGGUGUUCACUAGUAGGUUUAUUUUAAUAUAUAUGUUUAUGUGAUGAGCAGUUAGUUAUUCCAUUAAUACAAUAUAGCUAAAAUACAUAUUCUACAUAAGUGAUUUACACUGUGAAGGAUUGUAUGAAAGUCCUUAAAAACCUUUCUCAGAGAGCAGCUUUGGAGGUUAGGUGAUUAACAGGGCUUGUGAGUGUGAAUUAUCUAAUGCCUUCAGCAAGAGAAGUCUGUUAAGCUUACUUUGCCAAAAAAUUAGUCUAUUUGAAAUUAUUCCUUUCAAGAAUGUUCAGUAUUUGAUAUUUUAAGGUUUAGCAAGGUCCUGUCUCCAGCACCGUUUUCAUGUGUUCAGGCAGAGAGGAGUUACAUUAUCCCCCGAAAAGUCACACAGGAGAAAUCCUCCCAUGUUAGAUAUCAUGGAGCAUGUUUACUUAGAGACUAAAACUUUUAUUUAGGCAUAGACCUAAUUAAAAAUGGAUGUUAAACUGAAAUGUUAUUACUUCUUUGCAUUUUGAUCUAAUUUAGGAUAAGUUUUAAUACUUUUGCUGUCAUUUUUGUAAAGGUAGUGUUUUUCAGUCAUAUCAAACCUGUGAUGCACGGGACGGUUGUGUGUGCUCAGCACUCUGGAGUGUUACAGUGCUGCGGGUAUGCUGAUAUCUCUUAAUCUGAAAUCAAUAAAAAUCACAAGAAGAUGUUUCCUUUGUUCUGAAGGAUCAAAACCA